UGAUUGCCAAUUGCCAUUAUUGCCCGACUGGGUCAGCCAUUCUGCAAUCACAGCCGUGAACUCGGGCUGCGAUUCUUGUUUCGUUUGAAUGCUAACCUCGGGAGGGCUGAAGACGCUUGAAUUGGUAUUCCCGCUGGCUCGCAGUGCUUGGAUCCCGGUAUCAUUUAUUAGCGGUCGGCGCGGACAAAAACCGGGGAGGCGGCGUGGCCUUGGUGCUGGCGUUAGGGAGGUGCGAUGACCGCCGCCGCCGCGCGUCCCGCCCGUGAGUCAGCACGUUUGGAGUGCCGGCGCGUCGUCAGGGGGCGGGGCCAGCGGCUCGGCGCAGGAGAGCGAUCGGAGGUGUGCCGCCGCGUCGCGGCCCAGUCCGACCGGAGCCGACCGGCCAGCCGCCCGCCCGACCGACCCAGUCAGCGCCAGGAGCUGUCGCCAUGCCGUCCAUUUUCGGCUACUGGACUCUGAGGGGACUCGGCCAGGCCAGUCGCUUCAUCCUCGAGUACACUGGCGAGGAGUACCAGGAUGUCCGCUUCGACGCGAUUAACGCCAAAGAGAAAUGGCAGGAGGAGAAGACCAAGAACCCGCAUGGACUCGAGUUUCCCAACCUGCCGUUCUACGUGGACGGCGACAUCAAGCUGACCCAGAGCGCCGCCAUCCUGCAUCACCUGGCCAAGAAGCACGGCCUGGCCGGCGCCAACACAGAGGAGGAGUGGCGCCGCCUCGACUUGCUCGAGGGCGUGCUGGGUGACGUGCGGAUGACGUUCGCGUGGCUCUGCUACGGCUGCCGGGACGAGGCCAGCUUCAGCGCCCAGCGGCCCGUCAUGAGGGAGCGCGUCACGCCCGUCAUCAAACAGCUGAGCGCCUCGCUCGGCUCCAAACAGUGGCUGCUCGGCGACAAGAUCAGCUACAUCGACUUCCUGCUGUACGACGUGCUCUCCAACUGGCUGGAGCUGGAGAAGGACCUGCUGGACGAGCUGCCGAACCUACAGCAGUUCAGGGCCCGUUUCGAGGCGCUGCCCGCCAUCAAGACCUACAUGCAGUCGGAGCGUUUCAUUAAGUGGCCGCUGAGCGGGCCAGACGCCUUCUUCGGCGGCAAGUAGGGUCGUCGCCGCUGGGCUCUCACGCCGAGUGCCGCGCUCCAUACCCGACUCCAUAAGCGGCUUCAGUGGCGCAGCGAGCAGUCGAGGCCACUCCAAGGCUCACCGCUGCCUCACCAACUGACCGAGCCGGCCGGUGUGCCACCGCCUCCAUCGUACUGAUGGAAACACUUCCGACCACCCAUCGGACUGAUGGAAACACUUCCGACCAUCCAUCGGUGAUCGGACUAAUGGAGACGCCUCCGACCACCCAUCGGACGGUCUUUUCAAUCACCUCACCGAGUGGUCAGUGGUAUCGUCACUAUCAUUUGAAUUCGAUGUUAAUAAAAUGUCUUCGCCCAA